AUGGGUUCAAUGAGUCAAAAAAUUAAAAUUUUCACAGAAGAUGAGAUUACAAGUAUUACUAGCAAUUAUAGCACUCUUAUUGGGAAAGGUGGUUUUGGAGAAGUCUAUAGAGGGAUCCUUGAUGCUGACAAUGAUCUAGUUGCGGUGAAAAGAUAUAUCCGACAAGACUUGCGCGAGGAGUUUAUGGAAGAAGUAAACAUCCACAGUAUGAUGAACCACAAUAACGUGGUGAAGCUCAUAGGCUACUGUGUUGGUGAAAGUACCCUGAUGUUGGUAACAGAGUAUAUCUCCAAUGGAAACCUUGAUGACAUACUCCAUAGAAGUGAGACUCCUAUCCCUUUGGAUUUCACUACAACCUUAAAAGGAAGUAUGGGUUACAUGGAUCCUGUAUAUUUUCAUGAGGGGUGUCUGACCCCGAGAAGUGAUGUAUAUAGUUUUGGUAUAGUCCUCUUGGAACUAGUAACUCGAAAAAGGGCAAAAUAUGGGGAUGUUAGCCUAAUUCCUACAUUCAAUAAGGCCUGUGCCAAGGGGAAAGGAUUGAGGGAACUAUUUGAUGCAGCAAUAGCUGAAAAGGAUGACAUGAAGAUUCUUAAAGAACUGUGGAAAUUAGCAGCUCAAUGCUUGUCACUGAACAUCCAUACACGUCCUCAAAUGAAUGAAGUGGCAAAACGCCUUCGGAUGCUCAAGAAAGAUCUAAAGGGUAGUCCACAAUCCAUAUUGGCAACACAGUCUAUAUGGGCGAAACAGUACACACAAAGCUCAAGGCCUCCUAGUUUUAAGAAGAAAUUGAGUUUUUUCAAGGGAAAUACUAGUUAUUCUAAGAUUCUAUCUGAACUCUGCAAUAGGCAUUUAUCAACGGAGGGAUGGUCGUAUCUAAAAUUGCCCAUAAGAAUAUUGUCAAAAUUUUGGGGUUGUUUGGAAUCCCAAACUAUUGCUUUUCUAUACGAGUACAUUGCUAAAGGUAGUAUCUCUGACAUUUUGGGUAGCCAGGAAGAUUUCCCAAUAGACUUACGUAUGAGGAUUGCAAUUAAGACUGCAGAAGCAUUACAAUACCUACAUUCAUCAGAAACUGGUAUCAUCGGACAUGGCAGUGUUUCAGCAUCCACUAUACUUCUUGACAAUAACUUUGUACCAAAGCUCACAGAGUUUUCAAGGGCAUGCAUGCUUUUCAAGAAGAGUGAAACUGCUGGUGGUGUAAUUAGUAGCAGCCUUCUAGAAAAAGUUCUCAACAACGACCCGUCUCGCUAUGGUUCUGUGUUGAUGAACAUGGAAAGUGAUGUGUACAAGAUUGGUGGUGUUCUCAUGGCGCUGAUUAGUAGGGAUAAGGAUAGUGAUCAUGAUGACCUACUCGCCAAAUUCACAAAAGCAUAUGAGAGUGAAGAAACUGGGAAGGCGUUGUUCGAUAAGGAUAUAACAGCUGAAGAAGAUAUCAUUCUGCUUGAAGAGUUAGGGAGAUUGGCACUGAAGUGUACCAUUUUGAAUGCAGACAAGAUUUUUAUGAGACCAACAAUGAAGGAAGUGGCAGAUGAACUUCGAAGAAUUAGGAGAUCUUGGAAGGAACACAGGACAACCGAGGCAGCUACACACGUAACUACUGAAACUACUACAGAUGUGGUGCCAGAAGAGCCAAGAUUACCGAACCUGAUGCGUCACAUGUUCGGGUACCGUCGAAUCUCCACCAGUGAUCCCAUACGUGUAUGCUAA